AUUUUGCUACAAAGGAAAAAAAAAAAAAAAAAAAAAAAAAGAGAGAGAGAGAGAGAAGAAAAAGAAAAUGCAGCAGCCUGUGACUUCUGACCAGCAAAUUCCAACUGCAUCCAAAGAUAUCAACAACGUCGAAAAAGAAGCUGCUCAAGAUAGUAGAGUCACCCCGACAAGCAAUACAAAUACACCAGAUGCACUACCAGAAAAGGUCUUUCAUACGGGAUGGAGGCUUCACGCCUUGACUGCAGGAAUGUGCAUUGGUCUGUUGCUUUCGUCCCUCGAGACAACCAUCGUGAGCACAUCGUUGGUCUCCAUCGUGGACCAGCUCCAGGGUUUCGACAGCGCCAGCUGGAUUGUCACCGCGUAUCUCGCCACCAAUACUGGCUUCCUCAUCAUCUACUCCAAGCUGAGCGAUAUCUUGGGUUGUAAGAUGAUGCUGCUCACCGCGCUCGUCAUCUUUACGAUAUUCUCAAUCGCCUGCGGGGCUUCCAAUUCCAUGACAUCUUUAAUCAUCUUUCGAGCUCUCCAGGGUAUGGGAGGCUCGGGUAUAUACUCACUAUCCACAUUGAUGGUGCCUCUGAUGGUCCCGCCCGCCAAAUUCGCAACAUACAUCACCAUUGUCACGUCCAUCUUUGCCAUCUCUAGUGUCCUCGGCCCAGUUGUCGGAGGGGCCAUCGCGGACAACACCUCCUGGCGAUGGGUCUUCUAUAUCAACGGUCCCGGAGGAGCACUCUCUGCAUUGUUGGUGGCGUUCUCGGUGCCCUUUGGCUUCCCGUACGGAAAUUCCAGAGUGUUUCUUGACAAUCUGCGCUCGAAGCGGACCUGGAGGCGCAUCGACUUUGCCGGCGCCUUUGCUUCCUUGGCUGCAUCCAUCCUCCUGAUAUUUGCCCUCCAGCAAGGCGGAGUCAUGUACCCCUGGAACAGUGCCCCCAUAGUGUCUACCUUUGUUCUAUCAGGAGCUCUUUGGGUUUUCUUGUUGGGAUGGGAGCGGUGGCUAUCAGCUAGAAACGGCGUCUGUGAACCGGUCUUCCCUCAGCGGCUCCUUACCAACAGAUUCGUCUUGGGCUUACUCUUAAAUGGAUUCCUCACAGGUGCACCUUUUAUGACGACCAUCGUCAACAUCCCACAGCGAUUCCAGACCGUCAACUCAUUCUCCGCCAUCGACGCCGGCAUCCGCAUGCUGCCCCUCCUGCUGCUCACCCCCGUCGCGAGUGCGCUCUCCGGUCUCAUGGUCGCGAAGCUGAAGGUCCCGCCUCUGUUCGUCUUGCUCCUCGGAGCCGCGCUCCAGUGCCUCGGGUUGGGUCUGUUCAGCUCUAUAGAUGAUUCCAGCCUGCAAGUCCCCCCUGCGCAGUUCGGCUACCAGGUCCUGAUGGGCCUUGGGUUCGGCUUCAGUCUCUCGACGAUUCUCAUGAUGGCGACCAUUGUGGUUGCGGAGAAGGAUCUUGCCGUAACCAUGGGCGCUGCAACACAACUCCGUGUACUCGGCGGAACGAUAGGUCUCGCCGUCGCGGCCGCGCUCCUGCUCGACCACAUCAGAUCCGAAGCCGCCAGGUUCCUGACGCCGACUGAGCUGUCGAGCGUGCUUGCUUCGUCGGGCAACAUCAAGUCGCUGUCGGCCGAGAAGCAGCUCGAGACGAGGAUGGUUUUCGCCGCGGCUUAUUCGCGUCAGAUGAGGGCCAUGCUGUACUUUUCCGUCGGUGCCUUGCUGUCGGUGCUGCUGCUUGUCGAGAAGAAGCCGAGGCGAGUGGUCGACAAGACGGCCGGCCAGAACCAGGAGGCGUCUCCGUCUAGUUGAUGUGACUUUGUGGCACAGGCCGAUGUCGUCUUGAUGGUAUUUUGGGUUUACAAAGAGAGACCGCUUAGUAGUUAAUACUCACAUAUAUAACCACCCAGUGUAAUACGGACGGAGAGGUCCAAGUACGUACUUGACUACUCACUUUUCCUGG